AAGACGGUCUGUACGGCGGAGUCCUCUCAUCAAAUCUCCUCUCGCAUAAUGGAAACUGAAUUAAAACAUCUGUGGUACGUCCGUCUCCGGUACUUUUCCGCUUUCACCUCAGCAGUAGCCCAAUGUCGCUCUCCUGUUUGCUAAAAUAACUUCUUCUUUCCUGGUUAUGUUUUCUCCCAGACACGCUUUCAGAAAGACCAAAGCUACGAUUUGUUACUAAACUGCUCUGGAACAAGGUCGUUUUUCUUUGGAUGGAUAAUUUUUCAAUCGAUGGUGAAUGAGCUGAAGUCAAGCUGGUUGUGAAGGUGCUGGACUUGUUCCCCUCUAAGCCCCAAGCCAGACACAGCAUGGCGGCAGGAGUAGCGGCAUGGCUUCCCUUUGCCAGGGCGGCAGCGAUCGGCUGGAUGCCUGUUGCCAAUUUGCCCAUGCCAGUCGCGCCCGCCGAGAAGAACAGGCGGCAGGAUGAGCUCAUCAUUCUGAAUGUCAGUGGACGCCGCUUUGAGACUUGGAAGAACACGCUGGACCGCUAUCCAGACACCCUUCUGGGGAGCUCGGAGAAGGAGUUCUUCUACAACGAGGAGACCAAAGAGUACUUCUUCGACCGGGACCCUGAUGUGUUUCGCAGCGUGCUCAACUUCUACCGCACAGGCAAGCUCCACUAUCCACGCUACGAGUGCAUAUGCUCCUAUGAUGAGGAGCUGGCUUUCUUUGGCAUCAUCUCAGAGAUCAUCGGUGACUGCUGCUACGAAGAGUACAAGGAUAGGAAGAGGGAGAAUGCAGAACGUCUCAUGGAUGACCAGGAGGACAAGAAGGACGCUAAACUACCCAACAUGACCUUCAGGGAGACCAUGUGGAGGGCUUUUGAGAACCCCCACACCUCUACCAUGGCUCUGGUCUUCUACUACGUCACUGGCUUCUUCAUUGCUAUUUCCGUCAUUACCAACGUGGUAGAGACGGUGCCCUGCGGUACGGUGCCCAACCAAAAGGAAGUGCCGUGUGGUGAGCGCUACACUGUGGCCUUUUUCUGCAUGGACACGGCCUGCGUCAUGAUCUUUACCGUGGAGUACCUGAUGCGCUUGUUUGCUGCUCCGAGUCGCUACCGCUUCAUGAGGUCAGUCAUGAGCAUCAUCGAUGUGGUGGCCAUCUUGCCCUACUACAUUGGCCUGGUGAUGACUGACAAUGAGGACGUGAGUGGUGCUUUCGUGACUCUCCGUGUUUUCCGCGUGUUCCGCAUCUUUAAGUUCUCCCGUCACUCGCAGGGCCUGCGCAUCCUGGGCUACACUUUGAAGAGCUGUGCCUCGGAGCUGGGCUUCCUGCUUUUCUCCCUCACUAUGGCGAUAAUUAUCUUUGCUACCGUCAUGUUCUACGCAGAGAAGGGUUCAAGCUCCAGCAAAUUCACCAGCAUCCCAGCCUCCUUCUGGUACACCAUCGUUACUAUGACAACACUCGGGUAUGGAGACAUGGUUCCUAAGACGAUUGCAGGGAAGAUCUUUGGCUCGAUCUGCUCGCUGAGUGGGGUGCUGGUAAUUGCGCUGCCCGUCCCUGUCAUCGUGUCCAACUUCAGCCGCAUUUAUCACCAGAACCAGAGACAAGACAAACGACGGGCGCAGAAAGUUCAGAAAGCACGUUUGGCGAGGAUACGAAUAGCCAAGACAGGAACCUCCAAUGCCUUCCUCCAUAGCAAACGCAAUGGCCUGUUCAACGAAGCUCUGGAGUUCACGCAACUUCCAUACAAGAUGAACCUUUCAGAACAGAGUUCCACUGAGGAGGAGCAGCUGUUAACCAAGUCCACCUCUCUACUAGAGAGCCAGCACCACCACCUGCUGCACUGUCUGGAGAAAACCACCAACCAUGAGUUUGUGGACGAGCAGUAUUACCAGCAGAGCUACCUGGAGGCGGGGCUUCAGAACUAUCCUUCUCGAAGCCCCUCCCUCUCCAGCCAAGAUGGCAUGACGGGCACCUGCUGCAGCCGCCGAAGCAAGAAGCACCACACCCCUUUACAGAACACCAGUGCCCCUGCGCUCAUGCAGCCUCUGACACACAAACACACACACCAACAAGGCCUGCAAGAGCUCAGCACCAUCCACAUCCGGCCCCUCAGCACCAGCCGCUCCAGUCUGAACAUGCGAGUAGACGAGCCAGCCUCCCUGAACUGCCAGAGCAACCAGAUCACCACAGCCAUAAUCAGCAUUCCCACACCGCCAGUGACGACUCCUGAUGGCGAUCUGACCCACCAGAACGUUGUGAAGGUGUCCACACUGUGAAGACUAGAGUGCAGGAGCCUCACAUAGAAAGACAUUAAAAAGACUCAUUGAGACAGACUGAGGGACAGAGGAGGACUGGAUGGAGGAAAGGCAUUCAGAGUCCAAGUUUGGCCGUGGUGGAGCCUGCCCUCUGCUGGUCAUGUACUGUAACGACAUGGACUGCCUGAACACACAGAGGACGGCUUUUAGAUACAGUGUAUUCAUGUCAUUGAUUGGCACACAUGUGUGUGUGCGUGUAUGUGUGGGUGAAAGAGAGGUGAAAAUGUGUAUGGAUACGUUUUGGAUGAGGAGACGUGUGAGAGCGUGUCUCCCAAGUGUCGGAGGUGGGCACACUGUGCACACAGCACCUUUUUAUGAUUUCUGCUUCAGUUUGACUCAUGGUCUAUUUUUAGCAGGAGAUAUAUAUAUAUAUAUAUAUAUAUAUAUAUAUAUAUAAGAAAAAAUUAUACUUUAUCAAAGCCUUUUUCCACAGAUUUAACCUUGCCCUAUUUUCUUUAUUCAUUUUUGGUCCACUCACCUGUUCGAUAGAUAAGAUAAAUAUUCCUUUUCAGGUCCGAAAUUAUUCCACCUGAGUAAAAAUCCUUUAAAAGAAGAAAUAUGGUAGGUGGUGGUCUGUGAUGGCGUUACCAAUGAGUUUCAUAUUUGUGAAUGAGUGUAUGUGACUUUUUGCUAGAUAGAGGAAUUGUGAUGUUUUGGAUAGAAGGCACAUGUGCCUGUGUGUGUGUGUGUGUGUGUGUGUGUGUGUGUGUGUGUGUGUGUGUGUGUGUGUGUGUGUGUGUGUGUGUGUGUGUGUGUGUGUGUGUGUGUGUGUGUGUGUGUGUGUGUGUGCGUGCGUGCGUGCGUGCGUGCGUGCGUGCGUGCGUGCGUGCGUGCGUGCGUGCGUGCGUGUGAGACUGUGUUUGUCUCAGUUGAUUGAACUUGUGUUUCAAUUCUUCUGAAAAUCUCUAUGGCUCAGUAUAUGGUAUAUUUGAUUAGCUGCCAUUCUGAAGGGUCCAUUGUACACAUUUAUUUCCGAAAUUCUCAGCUACAAGCCUUUUACACAAAAUGUGCCUGUUGCUGGAGUAAAAAGAGAUGUAUUUGUUUUAUAGUUUUGUGAAUUCCCCCCUCCUUCCCCAUUAUUUACGUUCUCCAUGUUGGCUGCUACAGCCCUACAGACCUCAACUAACUAAAUUCUCUAACAAAGAAACCAAAAACAAAGUACAUUUUGAAUUAAAAUCACUUCUAAUAAAAGCACAAGGCGUUUGCUGAGAAUUUCUGAUACGAAUGUGUCCUGUGCCCAGGUUCUUUGUGAAUAUUGUUAAUAGAAUAUUUUGUAAUAUUUGACCAUUGUUUGGCAGAACCAGUGAAGCUGUCUUCUUGUUCUCUUUCUCCCUCAGUCUGUCUUUCUCUUUUCCUCACUCUCCUCUCUCACUCUUUCUCGUUGUUGUCCUGUUGUAUCCUUACCUCCUGUGUGAACAACAGUAUGCUUUCAAUAGUCUUUAUAGCUGUCAACGUUCUUUCUUCCCUAAACUCAGCAGGCAUUUUUAAAAGUUGUUGAGUAUGUGUACUCUAUGUGGUUAGGAAACUUGGUGUUUGUACUUUUUGUCCUCCUUGGUGUUUCAAAGGAUUUUAUUUACUUUCUCUUCUGGAUAACUGAAAACAGGAAAGCCUGUUGUAACAGAGACACAGAGGACACAGGAUGAGCCAUCCACAGAUCUCUGCCACCAAAAACAUUUGCUAUUCUGUCUGUCCUCUUGACUCACAGCCCAAACAUUUAACUUUAGAAUUACCCGUCAUCAAAUCCUAUCAAAGUUGAUCUUUGUAAAUAUGGACGGUGACGUUUUUUUCUGCUAACCUGCUAUCUGGUACCUUCCUGUUGGCUUUUUUUUUAUCUUGAAUGUCAUUCAGAAGCUACACAGACAGAUAGGUCUGGUUUUACGUGGAUGAUAUCACUGGUGUGGUUUCUCCAAGACCGGGUGGAGCAGCUUCAGUCACAGCAGACUAAGCCCCCACUGCUCCGCAUAGAUGAAAUAAAAUGUUAACCAAGAGCACAGACAGGGCUAGAAAUGCGUAAGAGCGUAUUUUUCAUAACAGCCAAGAGCAUAUUUCAAAAAGCAAUACAGGAAUUGGUCCAAUAUUAUGUCUGCCCACAUGUAGCUGUUGUCAAACAUUUGUUUGUUUUUUCUGUUUAAGUAGACAAAAAACUGUCAAACUAGCAGCAAAAUGUAUAAUGAUCUUUUGAAAAAUGUAUUUAAUCAUCUUAAUAUGAAGCCAUCUCAAAAGCUUAACCAAUUUAAUACAUGCAUUUGUGCUAAGACUUACAAAAAAUACAUUUAGUUAUAUAAAUAUUAGACAAUAUGGGUGAAAUUAUAUAGCAUAAUUGGUAGCCUAUCAGUGCAUAACUACACAAGACCCUGAGGUCCCUUAGACUCCUGUUGUGCUUUGGUUCCCUCUGAUCCAGAUGUUAGUACCCCCCCAAAAGAAGCCAAACAUAUUCUACAUCAACCUCUGAUAUUCCUAUGAGAGAACUAGUACUAUUGCUGGUCAUUUUAUUACUGAAACAGUGACACCAGCUGCCUAGAUCCAUUUAUAGAGUGUAGUCAAUCUGUCCACAAAUUUACCUUGGGAAAAAAAGAAGACAAGCACAGACACACAGAGCUUUUUCACUGUAAUUGUAAAAGAGGGGUUCAAGACAUUGACUUCAUAUUCACAGCAUCAAGUCUGACAUUUAGAAAAUAUCAAAAACGACACCAAGGGUAUGACAUAGGGAAUAGCAGAAAUGAGGUUCCCUGUAUUGUUUGUUGUUAGGACAGUGAUACGAUGUGUUAUUUACUGCUUCCAGGUACAAAACAGGCUAUUUUGUGUCGGCUGCACUUUCAAAUGACACCGUUUGAAUUAUUAUGUUAGCAUAUUUCCGCUCUAAAUGUCAAGUGAUUGCAUUUUGAUUUACAAACAACAAAAACAGAGGUCUUUGAUUGUGUUUGUCUCUCUUUCGCUGUUAUGUACUCUUUUUUUUCUGGGCUCAGUCAGUUUUCCUCUUUGCUUUGCCCUCCUAUGCCACAUGUCGUUGUUGAGACUACUGCUGUGCGUAUCUUGUCAGGUGUUGGAUAUUAUUUAUGACCUUGUCUUGUGUCUCGACUGUGAAACGCCUGAUAAAACAUCUAUAUCUGCCACAAAUACAAAA